CAGAAGCUAUGGCCAAGGACAUCCUGGGUGCUGGCUUGCACUUUGAUGAGCUGAACAAGCUGCAGGUGUUGGACCCAGAGGUUACCCAGCAGACCAUAGAGCUCAAGGAAGAGUGCAAGGACUUAGUGGACAAAAUUGGCCAAUUUCAGAAAAUAGUUGGUAGUUUACUUGAGCUUGUUGACCAACUUGCAAAAGAAGCAGAAAAUGAGAAGAGGAAGGCCACUGGUGCUUGCAAUUUGCUCAAAUCUAUCAUAAAACAGAGAGAAGCCCAACAGAGGCAACUCCAAGCACUAAUAGCAGAAAAGAAAAUGCAGCUCGAAAGGUAUCGGGUUGAAUAUGAAGCUUUGUGUAAAGUGGAAGCAGAACAAAAUGAAUUUGUUGACCAAUUUAUUUUUCUGAAAUGAACUGAAAUUUUAUGAUAUAGCAGGAGGGCAGAAAAACAAAAAAAGCCUCUGUACUAUUCCAGUGACUUUGACUAAUGACCCAGGUAUAUCAUGUGAGAUGGUAUGUGAAGGAUGCAUCAUCUCUGAAGGUAAUAAAACACAGCUAGGGGGAGAGGAAGGCUUGUUUCAGAUGUCAGUGCAUAUCUGGUAAACACCCUGUGACCACAGUGGCCCAGGUUCUCACCUCUUGUAUUUUCAUUCUUAAAUAAGCAGUCUGUAAACUUCGAUUUUUUUUUUUUGUAAAUUCACAAAGCUUUGGAGGAAAAGGCAAUAAAUUAUUGUU